AUGGAUCCAUUCGGAAAAUUAAUUUCAGUGUUAUUAUUAGUGUUGUGCUUAGUGAACGUCUCCAGGUGCGCCAGAUGGGCCCAUUCCGUCUAUCUGAGUCCCGAUUAUCGGUUGUUGUGGGUCCUGGGACCGGGCCCGCAGGAUAUCACUUUCGAGUUGCAAGUGAGGACGCUGGGGUACGUCGGUUUUGGGUUUUCUAAGGAUGGGCGGAUGGCUGGAUCUGAUAUGGUGAUCGGAUGGGUCGAUCACAAGCAAGUCUAUUUUCAGGAUCGCCACGUCAAGGACUCGCCCGGAAGUGCAAUAGACAGAGAGCCCGAAGUAGAUCCCAGCCAGGAUUACCAACUGUUACUGGGUUACGAGAACAACACCCACACUGUUUUGCGUUUCAGGAGAAGGCUGGACACGUGUGACCAUCAUGAUAUUCCCAUUACGAAUGAUACUAUGCGAAUAAUUUGGGCCUUCCACAAGGACGAACCUCUUGGUGGAGCUGUUGGUCCCAAUUCCCUACCGCAACAUGAAAUGGGAAAUAGGGGAAGUCAGUCAUUGUACUUAGUACAAAGGGCUGAUCAGGACACACCUGGUCCUGAAGAGACGGCUAGAGUUUGGGAACUAAGGAAUCCAGCCAUUGAACCACCUGCUCCUGGCGAAUCUGUAUAUUGGUGCAAGAUAUUCAGGAUUCCAUCUAUCACCAGAAAACAUCAUUUAAUAAGGUACGAACCACUCCAAGGCAUUAACGGCGCCAGCGGGCUUCAACACGUCGUACUAUACGAAUGUCAAGACAAUAACAACAUAGAAAAAUUAGCCGACACACCAGGUAGACAGUGUUACGACACUCACUCACAACCGUUCUCUUGUAAUACAGUAGUAGCCAGCUGGGCACGCGGUUCAGAAGGGUUUAGCUUUCCUCCAGAAGCUGGUUAUCCAUUAGACUCCCAGAACUCAAGAUUUUACCUUUUGGAGACGCACUACCAAACACCUUUAGAUGCAAGCGUUGGCGGUUUGGAUGGAUCUGGACUAAGGCUAUAUUAUACCCCUGAAUUAAGACGACACGAUGCAGGAGUACUAUCAAUUGGAAUGGAUCCAAAUUGGAGGCACAUCAUACCGCCAGGUCAGAACAAAGUUGUUUCUUCUGGACACUGCGUUUCAUCUUGCACCAAACAGGCCUUCCCUCAUGGCGGUAUCAAUAUGUUCGCAGUGGUAAUGAAGACUCAUAAAAUCGGUAAACAAGUGUCGCUGAAACAUAUUCGUGGCAACGCAGAGCAACCUCCAAUAGCUAGUGACGACAAUUUAGACUCUGACUACCAGGAGUACCGAAAAUUGAACGUUCCUGUGCGAAUUCUACCGGGCGAUCAUUUAAUAACGCAGUGUACUUAUAACAGUUCCGGUAGAACUGCUAUUACUCUCGGUGGAUUGAACAGUCGUGAAGAAACGUGUCUGGUUAUGGGGCUGUACUAUCCGAAGCAAAAAUCGUUGGCUGCGUGUCAUAGUUUGCCCAGCUUACCCACGGUUCUGCACUCUUUGGGAAUCCAAGAACUUAGCCCGGGUUCUAAUCCAGUAAGGAUAACGGCACCUCCAGAAUUGGCUGGAAUGACGUUAGAAUCGAGGUUAGUGUCAUACGAUUGGGACAACCAGUUCCAAAGUUUUCAAGAUGCGACAAUGAAGGGAUCUUUUAAACCUUUGUGUUGGACUUCCCAAUCGACCUUGUUGCCGGAUACAGACAAAGAGUCCCACUAUCCCAACAUAUCCAAACCAUACGUCAAAAAUGUAAUCGAUCAAUGCAACUACCGAAGAUACAGCACAGAAGGUUGGCCAGGCGGUACGCCGAUUAUAGAACUAGACGGCAACCACAUAGAGGGCGCCGCCAGAAGCAAAGUGUCCAGAAGCAGCUCGCCUGCUGUGGAAGAAUCCCUAGGACUCAGCAGGUUUAACACAGCCUCUAAAUACUGUCUAAAUAGUGUCGCUACGGUUCUAGCAGUGUUUCUCGUUUGGUUCAAUCGUUGA